UUGAUACUAAUGAUUGUAUGUAUGAGUUGUUGAAAUAUUCUCGUAUUUUUUAAUUAUUUGUAAAUGAAAUAGUUAUUCGUUUUUCAUAAUUAUGCUUCUUAGUUCUAUCCGCUAGUCAGUAUCCAAAUUUAUUGCUUAAUGGGUUAUCGUAUGUGCGGCUCAAAAUGUCUCUUUAUGUGUUUGGGACUAACUUGUAUUGUAGGUUGUUAUUUAGCCUUACUUCCUAUAGAAAACGAGAAGCUGCUAUCACCUAAACCAGUUCAAAGACAUAUCUCAAAAUUGUCUCAAAAGGAGCGAUUAGCAGUAAUAGUACCAUUUAGAGAUCGAUUUGAAGAGCUUCUAGAGUUCGUCCCGCAUAUGCACGACUUUUUAAACAGGCAAGGUAUUCCGUUCCACAUAUUUGUGAUUCAGCAGAAGGAUAAUAACCGGUUCAACAGAGCUUCCUUAAUUAAUGUGGGUUUUUUACAUACGAAGAAAGACUUUGACUAUAUAGCGAUGCAUGACGUGGAUUUAUUACCUAUGAAUGAUGAUUUAAAGUAUACAUAUCCAGCUGCAAAUCCUGUUCACAUAUCGUCGCCGCAGACGCAUCCUAAUUAUCACUAUGCAACAUUUAUUGGAGGGAUCUUGCUGAUCAAACGGGAUCACUUUGAGCUAGUGCACGGCAUGUCCAACAACUACUGGGGCUGGGGGCUGGAGGAUGACGAGUUCUACUUGAGACUGAAGGAAGCUGGGCUGCAGGUAGAGAGGCCAGCGGGGAUCACCACGGGGACGGAAGACACAUUUAAACAUAUCCACGACAAGACGUACCGCCGCCGCGACCACCGCAAGUGCUACAACCAGCGGGAAGUGACCCGCCGCCGCGACCGCGACACCGGCCUCCACGACGUCACGUACCGAGUGUACAGCGAACACACCGUGACGGUCGACCGGCUGGAAGCUACGGUCGUGACCGUGGAGCUGGGCUGUGACGAGAAGAGGACGCCGUGGUGCCAGUGUCCUAGUACUGUUGUUAAGAAACCAGAGGCUAAGGCGAAGAGUUAAUAUGACGAGUUUCAUUCAUGCUCAUAUUUAUACAUAACACACAAAAUUGACACUUUAAACCUAAGCUCUGUUUUAUAUGCCAGAUACUGAAAGGAACACCACAUUAUGUCUAAGAGUGAAACAUAUAUUAUAUUAAGAAAGCAUUACGCUCUCUAUGCUUUAUGCGCAUAUUGUUAGCAUGAGACAGAUAUAGUUAGUUCGAUUGGCCAAUUUAAUUAGUAAUCGUCCCAGUUUUGCACAAACUUAGUGCUAAAAUGACAGAUCGAUUAGGCAAAUUGGCGUCAUGUAACUGUUAUUUUAGUACCUAUCAAGUGGUUUUUAUGCACGUAAAAACUUUGUUUAAAACAGUUAUACUAUACACUAGCCUCCACAGUCCCAGGGCGCAAUUAUAGUUCAUUAUGACGUCCGUUACGUCAUUAUGACCCUUAAAUGACGUCACUUGUACGUCGCUGACGUCACUUAAUUGCUACCUUGGGUGUACCGUGAAAUUCGACGGGCUUGAACGCCACGGUCGUGACGGUGGAGCUGGGCUGUGACGAGAAGAGGACGCCGCGCCGUGGUGCCUGUAUCCCAGUACUUACUGUUAUUAAGGAGCCGGAGCUGAGGCGUGGAGUUAAGUAGAGGAUAUUCAAUUUUUAAGAACAACUGACUCAGUUUUUAGUCUUAUAUUUAACAAAAAACUCAGCUGUGCUACACGGUAACCAGUGGUGCAACCAGCGGGCGCAGCAUGGUUCCAUUUUUAUCGCCUGUCACUAUGCCCGUCACUUACGUACUUGUUAGAACGUGACAGGCAUGGUGACAAGCGAUAAAAAAGCGACCGUGCUACUGCCGCAGGAUUUUAGUUUGGGAGGGGUUUAGGUUAUUUGUGUGUGAAGUUUGAGGGUUAUCGAAAAUAGAGGCCAAAGCGUAGCCAUGUACUUGGUCUGAUAUAGUCAAAUAGGUAUAAAGUUAUGAACAAUUAAUUAAGUAUCUUCAGAAUAUUUGUUAUCGAUUGGUUAUUAGUCAUUAGUUAGUAUAAAAACGGAAAGUUUUGGACAGUAUUAAAUGUUACUAAAAUUUUGUUAAACCCAGUUCUCAUUACCUUGUUUUAUACUGUACCUUUAUAACCCUGUGGCAUUCCAUGAUAAUGAAAGAAUUAAAUACCCAUUAUUAGUUUCCUAUAAAAAAAUAUCUACUCUACUAUAAAUAAUGAUACCUAAAUAACUGAUCAGUAGGUACCUUCACUCAAACGGACUGAAACUUCUCUUACA